CCAUCUUGUGGCCAUUGCCCCUUGUCCUGUCCCCACAGACCUGAAGAAAGCUUGGCUCACAGCCCACCAAAGAGGAUGGCAGAGGACUGGAUGGUAUCCUUUAAGAUAUAUUUCCCAUGGGGGAAGUUGCAGGCUUGUUUCAUUCACUGCAACGUCAAAAGCUGAUGGGAUUUGGGAUUUGACUGGCGCAGCUAAGCUCCAAGGACAGGUGACUUUCUAUGCCCUGCCUUGGGAAAAGCUCUGUGGGGACAGUGUGUGCAGCAGCCACACUGCACUGUGAAACUGAUCCCUGCAGUCAGCAUCCAGAUUGUGACAGCGCUUUGUAAUGGCACGAAGAAAUGCUCGUAUUGUUCAUUUCUCCCCAUUUGGUGUUGGGAAAGGGAAGGCUCUGGGGUGAGAGGAAUACCCCAAACUUGUAGGUUUCCAAACCUUCUUUGCCUUCAGCCAUUGCAUUAGGAGAAGUUGCAUCACCAAACACUUUUUUUUUUUUUUGAGGUUUUCACAUGUUGACUUUGCGGCCAGGCUUUGCCCUCAGAGGUUUUGUUUUCUCUUGAGCAUCUGGACUUUAAACUUUAACAUCCCCUGUUUAGCAAUUUCCCCAAAGAGCUGCGGGAAUGCAGGCAGGGUUACCAUUAGCUGCAGAGGGUAGCAAUGGCAGGUUGCUUUUGGACAAUGUUGUUCCUUCUCUCUGCCCUUUUCAUUCCCACAGAGGAGACAGUGUUUAUAUCAGCUGAUGAUGCAAAUGAAGUUAUCAAGAGACACAGGCGUGCCAGCUCCCUCCUUCUGGAGGAGGUUCUCCAAGGCAGCUUGGAAAGAGAAUGCCUUGAAGAGAGAUGCACACAAGAGGAAGCAAGAGAAGUAUUUGAAAAUGAUGAGAUGCUCAAAAUGUUUUGGGAUAACUACUACGGUGGCCAGAGAUGUUCCUCCAACCCGUGCCAGAACGACGGCGUGUGCGAGGACAGCAUUCGUGGCUACACCUGCACCUGCACCGAGGGCUACGAGGGGGAGGACUGCGCCUUUGCUAAAAACGAAUGCCGGCACCAAGGAAAAGAAGGAUGUCACCAUUUCUGCUAUCCAGGAACAGAUUCAUACCGUUGCUCCUGUGCUGAUGGCUAUGAGCUCGGGAAGGACAAAAAGCAAUGUAUCGCUUUAGAUAAAUGUGCAUGUGGCAGACUUCAAGACACGGAUAAUCUGAUAAGCGAAACCCUGAGGAAACGUGACAAGCACUUUCCUUGGCAGGUCCUGCUGUUAAACUCAGAAGGGAAAGGCUUCUGUGGAGGAGUGCUGCUGAAAAGUAAUUUUGUCCUGACCACAGCAGAGUGUGCCCUUCUGCACAGCCAUUUUGAAAUCAGGGUUGGUGCCGGGCACAACAGAACAUGUGGAACUGAGAGGGUAAUGCGCGUUCACGAGAAACACAUACACAUCCGGUACGAUGAGGACACUGGCGAGAACAACAUUGCAUUACUACAACUCCAUGAGCACAUUGAGUGCAACACCCACCAGCUUCCUGUAUGCAUCCCUGAAAGAGACUUUGCAGAACAUGUUUUGAUUCCCAAAUUGGUGGGUACGGUCAGUGGCUGGAAAAGAGAAGGCGACAAAGUUCAAGGUGAGGAGCUGCAGGUUUCCUACCUUCCUACGGAGGACUGCGAACAAAUCCUCAACGUAAGCCUCACAAACAGGCAGUUUUGUGGACACAUCCAGGAGGCCACAGAAAAACAGCUGACUGGAGGAAGCUUUAUGGCCACCGAGUAUAAGGGCACAUGGUUUCUGACUGGCAUCCUGGGACCCUGGCCGCUAGAAGACGCUGACAGAAAAACGUUUCUAUUUACCAACACCGCGAGAUACAUGAUAUGGCUUAACACAAAAUGAAGUGAGACAAACACAACCAAACCCCUACCGACCACCUUUGGAGGCAGCCAGUAGACACAUUUGACUCUAUCACCACUUGCAGCACUGGAAGUUGCAACGAUGAUACCAAUUUAACUCCAAUUCACGUGGAGAAGUCCCUUUGUCCUUCCUUCCUCUGUUGACACACAACACUGUGAAAGCCAUGGCACAUUAACUGUAGGUGUUUUACUAAUAAAUUGACUGAACUCUAAGUUUCCUAGAACUGUUCGUUCUAAAACUCAAAAAGUAUUGAUGCUUUUCUAGGCUUUUAAAAUGUUACUAGAAGGAAAUGAGUCUUUUUAAUUCUUAUUCCCUUGAAAUGUGGAUCAGUAAACCCAUAUUCUUAUUUCAGUAUCUAUACAAGUAAAACUUAUGAAGACCAAGAACACUCCAAGCCUUUAAGUGUUGAUACAGGACUUGACUCUUUCAUAACAUCAAAAAGUUCUUUUCCCUCAUCCAUGGCAGCUGUGUUUUUAAUCAUAAAUCAUAAUUCAGUAACUGGGUAAAAUAAAAACUAGAUUCCCAAAGAGGGGGAAAAAUGUUUUAUUUUCUUUAUUAAAAAAAAAUCCCAUCACAACACACAAAGGUAUGUUGUACUCUUCCUCCUCCCCACCCCCCAAAAAAAAAAAAACACAGAACACACACACAAGGAACAUGUAAAACAAUGGACCCAGUGGCAGUCUUUUCCCCAGAAAUAGAAUAAAACAGUGUAUGGAUAAAUUACUUAGAUAUGCUUUUUUGUUCAUCGUAACAAAAUUUAAUCAAAACAAUAAAGGAAUUAAAAACAAAAACAUAUCUGAGCAACUACAGACCAAAAAAAAAAAAAAAACAAA